AUGGGCAAGUCAAAGGUCAAGACCAUGCUCAAUGUGUUCUUUGACAUCAGGAGGCUCAUGCACCAUGAGUCCGUACCACACGGUAAAACCGGCAACGCCAAAUUCCACGUGGAAGUGCUCAAGAGGCUCAAACGAAGGAUUCAUCGCCUCUCGGCUGACAUCACGUUCGAGCAAACGAACGCAUUAUCCUACCAGACCGCUAAAUUGGAUAGGGAUGCAACACCUCCUGUUGUUCACAACAAGAUAGUGUUGUUUGAAAUUGAGGAAGGAGCAGCUGCACAGUGCAGCAUCUUCCUGAACGGGCUCCUAUUCAAAAAAAGUGGAUUUCAGACACAAAGCCAAGCACAGGAUCUGCUCAUGUCCGCGGACACUUUGACACCCUGCGUAGGAAUUGGGAAAAUAGGAGAGUUCCAACCAUUGAAUUCUGAAAGCAUGACGAAGCUUUCUCAAAACCACGCCUUCUCCCUUUCUUGCGAUGGGUCUUCAUCGCCCUCGUUACAAGAUGGCUCAUCUGGACGUUGCACUGCCUGCAAAAAAUGCAGAGACCUACUGAAAGCUCGUCUGCUCCGUCUGAAAAAAAAGAUUAAGCGACCACUUGCAAGGACAGCUGUUCAACGACUCAAAUGGGCAGUUCGUACAUUGAAGAAAAAGAAAAUGAAGCUGCUUACCUUGCAGGAUGCCCUGAAGAAGAUGCGAGAAAAGACUUCACAAAUCAGCGCAUCUGUGUUUGAGGAAAAGCUGAACCUUCUUCCGAAAAAGCAACAGGCUGCAGUGCGGGCUUGUUUUGACGCCGCUAAACGGAAGUCAUUGCGCGGAUACCACUACAGUAAAGAAUGGCUUCUUGAGUGUAUCAUCCUCAGAAUGAAAAGUGCACGACUGUAUGAGCAUCUUAGAGCACACAAAAUUCUUGUACUGCCAAGCCAUGCUUGCCUCCAAAAAUACAUCAAGGGAUUCACUGCUGCCUAUGGGUUUAAUACCAAACUCCUGAGCUGUCUGAAGGCCAAAGUUAAAGACAUGGAUGAAAUGAAGAGGCAUGGGGGCAUCGUAGUGGACGAAAUGAAGCUCUCUGCGCAUCUGGACAUGCAGUCUUCCACCCAUAUUGAAGGUUUUGUAGACCUAGGCAAGUUCACCGACGCCAGUGAAAGACACGAGAAGGCUGACCAUGGGCUGGUCAUAAUGUUCCAGCCAUUUGUGGGGAAAUGGACCCAAAUCAUUGGUGUAUUUUCGUCCAGCGGGAACGUGAAAGCCAGGCUGCUGACAAAAAUUUUGAUAGAAGCAACGAUUCUGUGUGAGCAAGCCGGCCUCUACUUGGAUUACAUAUGCUGUGAUGGUGCGCCCUGGAACAGAUCCAUGUGGAACAUUCUUGGAGUACGUGCCACCCUCAGUGACAUUCAAUGCAGAGUUGUUCAUCCGUGCGACAAACACAGAUUUUUGUAUUUGAUAUCUGACUUUCCUCACCUUAUGAAAUGCACUUAA